AUGGCCGACGUUGUGAUUUUUCUGUAUGCGAUUCGGAAACUGAGGUUCCAGUUGUCAAUUGCGCCCCGGUCCACCGCCCGCCGCAAAAAGUUCUCCCACCACACUCACGCCUUUCCCUCCUCCGCCUCCACCCUCCACCACUUUUUUCCUCUACCAACCACGCAAAUUCCAAUCCCUUCUCCGACCCUGAAGUGA